GUCGCAGCCGCACGGACGAAACCGCGGCGAUCGCCCACACAGCUCCCCUCCAAUAAAAACACCCACCUUGCUGCCGAUUUCGGGGGCGGGAGUGCCAAGUGGUUUCUAGAGCUGGGUAGAGAUUGGCGGUUUGCCGAUGGGGAGAGGCGACGGGGAAGGAGGGAUGGCGACGCGGGGCGGCGUGGUUGGGUCGGGGGCAAUGCUGGGGCUGGACAUGCACCUCGCCGCGCAGCAGAUGCACCCGGCCGCCGCCGCGUUCCAGCACCAGCAGGACCACCACCACGAUGGGUUCCAGCUGCAGCAGCCGCCCCCGCCGCCGUCGUUCUCGCCCUACUCCAACACGUCGUCGUCCAGGGUCGUGGUGAGCGCGGCGACGGUGGGGCACGAUGAAGACACGGUGGGCAACGGCUGCUGCGGGAAGGGAGGAGUGGUGGUGCAGCAGCAGCAACAGCAACAGAUGGCGGCGGCGGGGUGCCCGUGGACGAGGAUGAAGUGGACCGACGACAUGGUGCGCCUGCUCAUCAGCGUGGUCUACAGCGUUGGGGAUGACUGGGAGGGCGCGGCAAUGCCUGGCGGCGCGGGGGGAGGCAAGGCGAGCAGGGCGGGCUCGUCGGGGCACGGCCACGGUCAUGCGGCGGCGGCGCAGCAGCAGAAGAAGGGCAAGUGGAAGUCGGUGUCGCACGCCAUGAUGGACAAGGGCUUCGUGGUGUCGCCGCAGCAGUGCGAGGACAAGUUCAACGACCUCAACAAGCGCUACAAGCGCGUGGUCGACCUGCUCGGCCGCGGCCGCGCCUGCCGAGUGGUCGAGAACCACGCGCUGCUCGACGCCAUCGACGAGCUCACGCCCAAGGCCAAGGACGAGGCGCGCAAGCUACUCAGCUCCAAGCACCUCUUCUUCCGCGAGAUGUGCGCCUACCACAACAGCGGCGUUGCCGGGGGCUCGCACCUGCCGCCGCACGCCGGCGGCGGCGCGGCGGGCGACGCCGCCUGCCUCCACCACCCGCCGCCGGUGCCCGUGGCCGGCGCAGCCUCGUCCGCCGCUCGCCACUACCAGGCAGCCCCGUCCCCGCCGUGCAUGAAGGACUCCUCCGCCGACGUCGCGGACGAUGAAGACGACAGCGACGCCGUGAGCGACAACGGCGAGGAGGACGAGGACGACUACGACGAGGAGGACGACGGUCACAUGUACCACAGCCACCUCACCAGUCGUCAGCACAGCGGCGGCGGCCGCCGGCGCGGCAAGCGCGAGCAUGGCGAGGAUAGCGCCGCGGCCGAGGACCUCGAGGACGAGGCGGCCGGCGGUGGGAAACGCGCGAGGACGGGGGCGGCACCCGACCCAUCGGCAAUGCUGCAGCAGUUGAAGAGCGAGCUCGCGGCCGCGGCUGCCGCGGCGAUGGACCCGCAGCAGGCCAGGUGCUGGGUGCGACGCCGCGCGGUGGAGGUGGAGGAGCAGCAGAUCCUCCUCGAAUCCCACGCGUACGACCUGGAGCGGCAGCGGCUGAAAUGGGAUCGGUUCCGCGCCAACAAAGAGCGCGACAUGGAACGCGCGCGCCUGCAGAAUGACCGCCUCCGGAUCCAGAGCCGACGCUUGCUGCUCAUGCUCCGGCACAAGGAGGUCGAGCUCGACAUGGCCGAGGCCAACUCUUCCUCGGUCGACCACCACCCCGGCGCGUCGCCGCUCGCAGCACACCAGCAGACAAUUGGGUCCAGCCCGUCCACCGCCGGCCACCCAAAUUAGAUGCCGUGCGUGCAUUUCCAUUCCAUUAACAGUAGCGGUCAGUAGCUGAAAAGAGAAAAAGGGCAGUAGUGCUAAAGUUUCAGGGUUUUUUAUUGUGGUCCGCGUCAGUGUUUCAGUGUAGCAUGUUCAUAUUAUGUGCGGCUGUGUCCGGUCAGACUACUUCGUAUAGUUUUCUUAACUAUUCAGUCAAAAUACCUCUAAUUCACAAAAAAAAGUUUGUCAAACACUAUAGCCUCAUCAAAUUGUCCUCCAUCAAAAGAGUGAAUUAGGAGUUAGAUUCAUUUUUUGACGGCCAAUCUUUUUAAGAGAUGCUCCAUAGAAUCAUGUUUUAGCUCUUUAAGAGAUGGCUCUAUAGAAUCAUGUUUCGUA